AAAACCAAAUGAAUGAAAUGGAUCAAAAGAAAAAAAAAUAAUAAUAAUCAGGAAAAAUUAAGCCAAAUAUCUCUCAAACUCACGAUUGCUUUAGCUCUCGGGCUCUCCAUCGUCAUGCCUUUUUGAUCCUAGAAGGUGCGUACGGUUGCAUUUCCUGCUGGAUCGCGAUCGAACGCCGAUGCUUUUCUCGUUGUGAUUUUGAGUCUUUUAAUUUGUUGGCGUUCCUGGAUGAUGAUGCUCAAUUUGGCGAGGUGACGUUGCAACCGGUCCUCUCCGUCUUCGAUCUGCAGGAAGUCGAUCUUGAUUCUGCUUGCCCCUAGCUGAGGAGGUGUUUAUUCUGAUCCAAGGAUCUGUGCGCAACUACCAUGUUUUGGAGGCAGAGGGAGAGGGAGAACAGUAGCUGGGAGUACAACAGCGGCCCUCCUCUUGGGCAGGUCCGUGUUCUUGUAGUUGGCGAUUCAGGCGUUGGAAAGACAUCCCUAGUACACCUAAUCUUGAAAGGUGCUUCAAUUUCUCGACCUUCUCAAACAGUUGGUUGUACAGUUGGUAUCAAGCAUAUUUCAUAUGGAAGUGCUAGUAGUUCCUCCAAUAGCUUAAAUGUGGAUUCACAAAGAGAUUUUUUUAUCGAGCUGUGGGAUGUCUCAGGGCAUGAACGCUACAAGGAUUGUCGAUCUCUUUUCUAUAGAGAAAUUAAUGGCGUUAUAUUUGUUCAUGAUCUCUCCCAAAGGAGGACAAAGACCAAUUUGCAAAAGUGGGCUGCCGAGAUUGCAGCAAAUGGUACAUUUUCAGCUCCAGGAUCUGGUGGUCCUGGAGGACUUCCUGUUCCUUAUCUUGUUAUUGCUAACAAGAACGACAUUGUUGCCAAAGAGAGAAUGAGGGCGAGUGGUGGCAAUCUUGUUGAUGUUGCUCGUCAUUGGGUUGAGAAGCAAGGGUUUCUCCCUCCUAGUGAAGAACUUCCAUUGACUGAUAGCUUUCCUGGAAUUUCUGGCCUCUUAACAGCUGCUAAAGAAGCCAGAUAUGAUAAGGAAGCUGUUAUUAAGUUCUUUCGUGUGUUGAUUAGGAGAAGAUAUUUCUCUGAUGAACCACCAGCUCCUACUCCUUGGUCCAUAAACCCCUUGCAGAACUCCCUUCUACAAACAUUCAAUAACUCAAGUGAUGAUGAUCAAUUUCACAGAAGAUUGAGUUUUAGCACUGAUGAUAUCAAGUACAAUGUACCACCACUUCCGCUGCUGAACAUCGCACCGGCCAUAUAUCCACAGCAGCCUGUCUCAGGGCCUGAGAACUACAAUUUACACAGAUUUUCAGCCUCUAGCUCGCCUCAAACUAGCAGCACAAAGUCAUAUAAACCCGAUAUCAUUUUUUGAUUCAAGUUUUACUUAGUUCGUAAAUUGUUCAUGUGUGAUUACGAGUCCAAGUGUAUACCGAAUUCUUUUACAACCAUUCUUUGUGGUGACUGUUAAUUCUUUGUCAAUAAGAGAAGGAUUACGGACAGUUUAUUUGUAAUAAAGGACUCGUGACUCAUGUUGCUAUGAGCUACUUAGUGAUCAACUUUCUUUGUUUUCCUCCUU